AGUCAAUCAAGUGUCAAACUGUCAAUUGGUGUCAAUAAAAUUAAAAUCUACUGUUCUCUGCCAUUUACCAUUUUAAAAUUCUGCUUUAGCAAACAUAUUACUAUGUUUGCCUAUUUUUUGUUUGAUUUUAUAUAAAGGACUAGUCAAAUAUGUUUUCAUUUUCUUUUCAGAUUCAAUCAAUAUUCUUUAUAGUGAAUUUAAUCAUCUGCAGCUAUGGUUUCUACGUACCUGGUGUUGCGCCGGUUGAGUAUAGAAAAGGGCAAAGAAUUGAAGUUAGAGCUGUUAAAAUGACGAGUAUACAUACGCAGCUGCCGUACGAAUAUUACUCAUUACCACUCUGUAUACCAAAGAAUGGAACCUUCCAGUACAAAUCUGAGAAUUUGGGCGAAGUAUUACGAGGUGAUCGCAUUGUAAACACUCCAUAUGAGAUACAUAUGGCUGAAAACAUUAAAUGCAAACUCUUGUGCCAUAAACAAAAUAACCCAAUGAAUUGGAACCCAGAUGAAUCUGAUAAAGUUGCAAGUCGCAUUGAACAUGAAUACUUUGUCCAUUUGUUAGUGGAUAACUUACCUGUGGCAACUAAAAUUGUAAACACAGAUACUUCAGAACACAGUAUUGAACAAGGUUACCGUCUAGGAUUCAUGUCUAAGGGCAAAGCAUAUAUAAAUAAUCACUUAAAGUUACUACUUAAAUAUCACAAACAUAGCCAAGAUUCAUAUAGAGUUGUUGGCUUUGAAGUGGAGACAUAUUCAGUAGACAAAAAUGAAUUGACAUUUGCUGAUGAUUCAUGCAGCUUUCCAACAGAAUCGAGGCCACAGCUUGUUAAUGAAGACACAGGAACAAAGUUAUACUUUACAUAUUCUGUUGAGUGGGGGGAGUCGGACAUUGAAUGGGCGUCCAGAUGGGAUAUUUAUUUGGGCAUGAAAGAUGUACAAAUACACUGGUUCUCUAUUGUUAACUCAAUAGUUGUACUUUUCUUUCUAUCAGGCAUUCUAACUAUGAUCAUGGUCCGUACACUUAGAAGAGACAUUGCUAGAUAUAAUUCAGAUGAAAAUAUUGAAGAUAUGAUUGAAGAAACAGGCUGGAAACUAGUACAUGGUGAUGUUUUUAGGCCCCCACCAAAGCGAAUGCUGUUUGCUGCUGUUAUAGGGAGUGGCAUUCAAAUUUUCCUUAUGUCUCUGAUAACUAUUGUGAUUGCCAUGCUCGGAAUGUUGUCACCAGCUAGCCGUGGGGCUCUAAUGACCGCUGCAAUAUUUCUCUAUGUUUUUAUGGGUCUCAUAGCUGGAUAUUACUCAGCGCGCCUAUAUAACACACUGAAAGGAAAGCAAUGGAAGCAGGCGGCAUUUUUAACUGCUACACUUUAUCCGGCAAUUGUAUUUGGGACCUGUUUCUUUUUGAACUUUUUCAUCAUGGGCAAACAUUCGAGUGGUGCAGUUCCAUUCUCAACUAUGAUGGCUCUACUGUGUUUAUGGUUUUGCAUAUCGUUGCCCUUAGUGUAUUUAGGCUAUUACUUUGGAUGUCGGAAACAGCCUUUUCAACACCCUGUAAGAACAAAUUUUAUACCAAGAAAAGUACCUGAACAAAUUUGGUAUAUGAACACAUAUGUAUGCAUUCUGAUGGCUGGUAUACUUCCGUUUGGAGCUGUAUUUAUAGAGCUUUUCUUUAUAUUCAAUGCUCUAUGGGAAAACCAAUUUUAUUAUCUGUUUGGGUUUCUGUUUUUAGUGUUUUGUAUAUUGGUUAUAUCAGUAUCACAGAUUUCCAUUGUUAUGGUGUAUUUUCAACUUUGUGGUGAGGAUUAUCACUGGUGGUGGAAAAGCUUCAUAAUAUCUGGAGGAUCUGCUGUGUAUAUUCUAAUUUAUUCAAUAUUCUAUUUCUUCACAAAACUGGAAAUUACAGAAUUUAUACCCACACUGCUAUAUAUUGGCUAUACAGGCCUCAUGGUAUUAACUUUUUGGAUUUUGACUGGAACGAUCGGAUUCUUUGCCGCAUAUACAUUUAUAAGAAAAAUUUACGCAGCUGUGAAAAUUGACUAAUAAAGUGAUUAAAUAUUUCAAAAUCAAGACUGUGCGUGAAAACAUUAUGACUGGUUCGCUGAUAUGGUUGAGUGUAAAUAGAAUAAUUGUUUGAAUAGUAAUCAUAUCAUUUUUGUUGCAUAACUUUGCGUAAUUCUAUCAGGACCAUUGUAAAGUGUAGUACUAAAAUAACGGUUGUAAUUUAUUUGUACACAAAUAUUUGAACUAAUAUAAGUUAACUGAAGUAAAAACAAAAACAGUUUACCAGUCCUUUUUUUGCAGAUUUAAAAAAAUAUUAUGAUUUUUUCACAUUUAAAAAAAUAUUAUGAAAUUUAAAUUCAAAACUUAAUUUCAGUAAUUCAACAAUAAUAAUAAUUAGAUGGUGCUUUUGGUGUAUUAUUUGUUAAGUUAAAACUUGAGAUUUAAGAAACAUUUAAAAAUAACCUAAAUUAAAAAAAAUAGUGUUUACCUUAUAAGGUAUAACAAUUCCUUAAACUUCUGUUAUAAUGUUUUUGUCAUUGUUCAUUUAGUUAAAAAGUUUGUGUACAAAUAAAUAGGUACCAAUGCUUUGUUAAAUUUUUGAAGUAGGAUAUGGAUGUUAUAACAGAUAAUGUGUGAUGAUUUAAGUGUAAAUGAAUGAGUUUAGGACCUUAUUUACUUUUGCAUAUCCUAAGCUGGUUGCACAUUGGAUAAUAAAAUGUGAUGCAAUUACGAGUACCUAAUACACAUUGACCUCUUAUAAUAAAAGGACGCACAAUCAUGUAGAAAAUUUCACUUAAAACUGGCUAAUUUUGCAUUGACAGUUUUAGAAUUAUUGGUAAAGAAAAUUAUACCUAACGACCUUUAAAUAUAGUCCAAUAUUCAAUAAAAUCCUAAAUUCGGAGUAAAUUCAACCUUACGGAUUGAGUUUAAGGUUGAAUUUGCAAAAGGGACUACUUGUAUUGAGUACACAAUAAGAAGUUGUGUUUGGCACUCAUUGAGUGGGGACGUUUUUUGAUCGUUGAUUGUGCAACCACUUUUUAAUAGGAGAUCGAUGCAUAUAACAUAUGAAAAGUAUCUGAUUAUAUUAGUGUUGCACAGUAAAUUGCUGACCUUUAAAAUCUAGCCUUGCGAUGAAAUAUUGCCGUAUCCUCAAUCAUAAAUAUUGCAGUAGAAGAAAUAAGUACUCUCGUAUUCCGCAAUAUGGCGAAGUUUUUUAUUUCUCUGUUCAGUAUUCAGGCUUACAGUUGUUCUUUUUACCCCCAUCCCAAAAAGAGGGGUGUUAUAAGUUUGACGUAUCUGUCUGUCUGUGGCUCCCGAACGCAUGAAACGAUUUCAAUUUCGUUUCUUUUUUGUAUUAAAGGUAACUUAUGUACGAGCGUUCUUAGACAUGUUUGAUGAAAGUCGGUUGAGCCGUGUAUCAGUUGUGGGGGGGUGAAAAUGGGGAAGAAUAACCGAAAGUCUGCAAAUAUACUCGAGUGGGUCUCAAAUGAAAGCGCACUGAAAGAGAAUAUUCAUGACUUGAUCGAGAGUGUAAUUAAUAAAAUUUGGGAUUUUUCAAAAUAUUCAAUUUUAUGUUAUUAUGGUGUGAAUGCAAUAUACAAUUUAAAUGUCUAUUUAUUUCGCCGUCAAUGACAGAUAUGAGCUUUCUCGCAUUGUUUAUAAUGAAACAUUUAAUCUGUUUUGUCUUAGGUGCGAAUCUUAGCCUAAAAUGUGCAAACGGCAUUAGUUAAUUACUAGGUACGAGUAUCAUUGUAUUGAUUGCUAUUCAUGACUUUAUGCACAACUUUAUAUAGGUACUUAGUUUCUAUUACCAAAAUGAAAAUUAGGUAAGACUAUACCUAAUUUUCAUUUUGGUUUUUUUUUUGAUGUUUCUCGAAUAGUAGGUACCUAUAAAUAUUGGCAACGCGAUAUGUUUUGGAAUUGUUUUAUCAAAUAUUCAGUUAUUCCAAUAAGAGCGGAUUCCCACAGGAGAAACUUGAUCAAAUUGAGAACCUCCUCCUUUUUAAAAUCUGUUAAUUAUAUAGAUCGAAGCUAAUUAUGGUCAAUUUUGUGUGAGAAAGAUAGUUCACAUAAAAUGUUUUACCAUUGGGACGUCCCGUUAAAAAUCGGGACACGAUAACCGACAAGUGGGAUCUCGCUACAGUUUUACCAACGCCUAGUGUUACGCUUACUGUAUUCGUCACUCAUUAAGACUUGAAAAAUUAUCUACAUGAAAAAUGUCAAAAUCAAUGGGGAUGAUGACAGGAUUGAAUAUAUUGUUUAGAGACAUUUGGGUAAAUAUAGUUGAUAUUAGGUAACUAAUAAAACAAAGAUUGUCGGAAUGUUAGUGAAAUAAAUAAGAUUAUAAAAUUUCACAAUCAAUUAUCCGUUCAUCGUAAUUAAAUUAAAUUUCAUACAUUUUUAGCUUUCUUACAUGCAAUAAGACAUUUUUCAUUAUAGGUAUUUUGUUUGAACAAUACAAUUAAAUCCCUGUAGCUCUGAAAGUAAUGAUUGCAGAUCUCUAUUAUUUAUAUGUUUAACUAUUCUAGGUAGCAUACUCUUAUUUUAUAUACAAUUUAAAAACUGUCAUCAUCCCUAUUAUACCAGCUAAAAAUUGAUUUGGAUUUUUAUUACAAUAUUCUGUUUAUUUCACAACUAAAGUGUUGUUAAAUAAUAGAUACUUACAUAUAAGUUAAAGAACAAAAGCAAACAAAUGAAACUUUUUUAUUGUCAUAGUAAGGGCAGACAUUACAAUUUUGCUAAAAUACUUUGCUAGAAGUAUUUGGAGAAGAUUUUUACAAGUGUAUAAAAAGUUACACAAGAAAAUAAUUCUAAAAACUAAAAAUAAAUAUAUUAGUUUUAAAGGUUAAAUAGGUACCCACCUUUUAAUAGGUAUCUUUGAAAUGUAUCCAUAAUUUAAACAUUCAUUCCUAGUCUUGUAUUUAUUUACUACCGUAUGAAUUAAAUUGCCUUGUAUGUUUUUGUAGUUUAUUUAUGGAAAAGAAAACAAUAAAUAAUUAAGUUUAA